AUGGAAGAAAGCUACGCUGCUCUUCGUGUGGAAAUGGAGUGUGGCCAUGAACCGAACAGGAAGCCCCUGGCGAAGGAGAUUGGCACAGGGAGGGAGAAGGAGACUGUGCAAGCAUUUAGCCCUUGCCGUUCUUCUGAUCGUAUACAAAUGGCAGGUUUGAGAAAGACCCCUGUUGCGGAACAGCAGGAUGAAGAAGAGGCCAGUGGUGCUGAUAUGGAAGAUGAUCCCAUGGACCACGAUGAUCCCACAGGUCAUGAUGAUUACGCUCCACUGUUACCGAUGUCAUCGCAAGAACCAUCACAGCCUGUUAAACCAAAGACCACAUCCUCUCUGGUUAAGCUUAUGGAAGAUGAGAACUUGAAGCAGCACCUGCUGAGGAAACACCCGGAGAUAGCCACUCCAUUGGAGGGAGCAGAAUCAGAUCCUGUGUCUGUGGCACAACAACACGGCACCAUGAAACAUGCUGAAGGGACCAGACUGAGACAGAGACUGACCGCCACCUGCACCAUAUGUGGGCGUAUGGUGACCAUGAAGAACAUGCGAGCACACAUGAACAGAAAACACCCUGAUUCCUGCCGGGUGGAGAAAAAGGUAUUCCAGGAGUAUGGGAAAACCAAAGGUCUUACGGAUAGCACACGGAGACUGAUGGUGAACAUUAUUGUGGCCGACAUGAUGGAAAAUCAUGGGAUCCCCCCAUCAAGUGUCCGCACCAACUACGCCCUGGGGAUUGUGACUUUAUUCCCCUACUUGAAUGAUCCCGAUUCAGAGCAUGGUUAUGAACAAUAUUACGACGCAGCUAGUGGGUCUGGUUAUCUGACCUGGAGAAUAAAGACAGUGGGGCGCAACAAAUCAUGUAAGAUCAAGAGGAGAACCAAGUCCACCUAUCAAAAUGGUCCAAAGGCUCAACAAAGUUCCCCUUCAGCUGUUGAGGAACUGUUAGAUGAACAAGUGUCCAUGUCUGAGGUCUCGAUCUGCUCAGUUGGGUCUGAUUCCUCUGGAUCAGCUUUAACUCUGGAAAAAAKCAAGGCAAGAAAAAGASGUCUGACUGAUGAACCUACAGACAGAAAUGCAGCAAGAGACAUGAUCAGUGCCAUCCUUCACUCAAAGCCAGGUGGAGAAAAGGUAUUCCAGGAGUAUGGGAAAACCAAAGGUCUUACGGAUAGCACACGAAGACUGAUGGUGAACAUUAUUGUGGCCGACAUGAUGGAAAGUCAUGGGAGGAUCCCCCCAUCAAGUGUCCGCACCAACUACGCCCUGGGGAUUGUSACUUUAUUCCCCUACUUGAAUGAUCCAGAUUCAGAGCAUGGCUAUGAAAAAUAUUACGAUGCAGCUAGUGGGUCUGGUUACCUGACCUGGAGAAUAAAGACAGUGGGGCGCAACACAUCAUGUAAGAUCAAGAAGAGAACCAAGCCCACCUAUCAAAAUGGUCCCAAGGCUCAGCGAAGUUGCCCUUCAGCUGUUGAGCAACUGUCGGGGGAUGAAUGCAGAGAGGCGAUAUCUGUGCUUCAGCAUACAACAACUAAUGAGUCAUCUGGUUCGAGAGAAGAUGAUGGCGACGUUCCAAUACAGACAGGAGGUGGUUCAUGAUCCGGAGAAGUCCUCAACUGUCCUAGAUGUCUUCCCCAGAUUCCUUGACACUACAGGCUUG